AUGGCACCCAAGCGAGCGCAGGAGGGCUGGGUGGCGCGGGUGCCGCCGUUGCCGGAGCUGCCGCAGGUGGAGCCGAGGCUCGUGGCCAAGCCCAGGCUUGGGGAGGAGGUGGAGGCACUCUUCGCGGAGGCGGAGCAGCUGCUGGCGCGGGCCAGGCGCAACACCCGGCUGCAGGUGCUGGAGGAGGAGGUGCGGCGCCAGGCGGCGGCGCAGCACAUCGGCCGGGCCUGGCAGGCGCAGAGCGCACGGCGCAGGCACAAGGCCGCCGGGGCCAUCCAGCGGCGGUUCCGGGGACUGCGGGGCCGGAGGUCUGCUGAUGAGGAGAAGGCGAGGCAAUGCGCGUGCCGACUGCAGCGCUGGUGGCGCCGGAAGAGGUUUCAGCUGGCCUGGCUGCGCACAGCGCAGCAGCGCAAAGCGGCGCUGAAGCUCCAGUCGUGGCACCGAGGCAACCGCGCCCGGCAGCAGGUCUAUUCCAUGCUGGUGGUGAAGUCUCGUGCCGCCCUACGGGUGCAGUGUGUGUUCCGGGGCCUCCGUGCGCGCGCACAGUUGAAGAAGCAGCAGCGCUGCGCACGGAAGAUCCAGGCCCACUGGCGUUGGAAGCGGCUCUGGCAGGCCUACGUCCGCAUGCGCGACCGUGGCCGAGCAGCAGUGCGGCUGCAGAAGGCGCUGCGGGGCGUUUGGGCGCGCAGGCGCUUUUUCGCGGCGCUGGAGAGCCGCACUCAGGCCUCCGUGCGGAUCCAGGCGGCCUUCCGCGGCCAGAAGGGCCGUGAGGCGGCGGAGCGGCGGCGGGCGGAGGCGGCCGCUUUGGCGGCGGAGGCGGAGCGCCUGAAGGCGCAGGCGGCGGCAGCCAAAGCAGCAGCUGCCGAAGCCGAAGCCGCCGCAGCCGCAGCCGCCGCAGCGGCGGCCGCAGCAGAGGCGGAGGCGGAAGCCGUGCCCGUUGCCUUCGCCGCGAGUUUGGCGAGCCCGCAGGUGCAGGUGUCCGCAGAUGGGACCUCCGCCGCGCGGGUGGAUGAGACGGGCAGUGCGAUGCAGGGGGUGCUUUUUUCAGCCAAUGCGCUGCAAGUACAUGCCUUUGGAGUAUACUUCGAGGUGCAGCUGCAAAAGGUCCGUGUGGGUGAGGAUGACGGCUUAACGCUGGGUGUGGCAACUGGUCUGCCGGGAGCAUUGCCCGACCCGCCGUUUGAGACGGCGGACGAUGUGCCAAACGCCUUUUGCUUUGGUUUCGACGGGAAGGCUGUCUUCCCCGACAGGGAUGAUGCCAUUGUCCUGGACUGGAACCCCAAAGACCUGCAGGUGAACGACCGCGUUGGGUUCCUGGUCACUCCCCAGGGCGAGGGGCAGAUCUUUUGCAACGGCGAGCUGAAGGUGUCUGGUGUGUCGGGCCUGCCCACGGCCGUCCCGCUGUUUGCGGUGGUGGAUUUGUUGGGCUCGGCUGCGGCUGUAUGCCUGGUGCCGGACGCGCAGCCGCCUACGGCGGGAACAUCUGCGACGUUGGAGGUGCCCAUCCGGUCCUCUGCGGCUUCAAUUGGGCCAGCAAGUGCCACGCCCGUACCACUGCCGUCAGGCGCGCCCGCGACCGCGGCUGAAGUGCCAACUGCCACCGUGGCGCACACGCCCAAAGCAGUUCCUGCGCCAACUCAGCCGACCGGCGCCGCGUCCACACCCGGGCCUGGCACGCCAUGCGUGAAGCCUGCAGCUAGCGUGCCUCCACAAAGCACACCGGCUCCCCGUCCACCUGCUACAGCCACUGCACCAAGUGCACCCUCUGCAGAAGUCAAGGCAGCACCUGCCCUUCGCGCUGCACCUGCGGCAGCCAAGGCUGCAGGCAAGGCUGCAGCUAAAGCAUCUGAAGUGUCUGCAGCCACUGUGCUGGCAGCAUCAGCGGCCGGCACACAACCCUCGCAGCAGAUGCACUUUGCCCGCCACUUGUCAAGCUCCCAGGUGCAGGUGUCCGCAGAUGGGACCUCCGCCGCGCGGGUGGAUGAGACGGGCAGUGCGAUGCAGGGGGUGCUCUUUUCAGCCAAUGCGCUGCAAGUACAUGCCUUUGGAGUAUACUUCGAGGUGCAGCUGCAAAAGGUCCGUGUGGGUGAGGUUGACGGCUUAACGCUGGGUGUGGCAACUGGUCUGCCGGGAGCAUUGCCCGACCCGCCGUUUGAGACGGCGGACGAUGUGCCAAACGCCUUUUGCUUUGGUUUCGACGGGAAGGCUGUCUUCCCCGACAGGGAUGAUGCCAUUGUCCUGGACUGGAACCCCAAAGACCUGCAGGUGAACGACCGCGUUGGGUUCCUGGUCACUCCCCAGGGCGAGGGGCAGAUCUUUUGCAACGGCGAGCUGAAGGUGUCUGGUGUGUCGGGCCUGCCCAUGGCCGUCCCGCUGUUUGCGGUGGUGGAUUUGUUGGGCUCGGCUGCGGCUGUAUGCCUGGUGCCGGACGCGCAGCCGCCUACGGCGGCGGCGGCGGCGACGGCUGCUGCCCCAGAGGCCGUCCCCGUAGCAGAUCCCACCUCCGCGCCGGGGGCGCCGACGGCGGUGAAAGUGCCCUUCACCUUCAGCAUUGAGCUGAAGGGAGCCUCGGUCCAGCUCAGCAGCGACGGGCUGCAGGCGGAGCAUGUGGCGCCCGAGGACCCAGAGCGGCUGCAGGGGGUGGUCUUCUGCAGCGGUGCCAUGCCCCAGGUGGAGGGAGGCUUCUACUUCGAGGUUUGUGUGGAGAAGACCCACUCUGCAGAGCUGGAUGGCCUGGUGCUGGGCGUGGCCGCGACUCUGCCGGCGCCGGAGGACUUCGCGAACUUCGAGGCGGCGGACGACGUGCCGCGGUCCUGGAGCUUCGGAUACAAUGGGCAGAUGCGUCUGGAUGAGUCCGACGAGCCGGUGCCCAUCAGCUGGAACCCCAAGGACCUACAAGCCGGCGACAGGGUGGGUCUCUUCGUCAGCACUGAGGGAGAAGGACAGCUGUACCAGAACGGGUCCCUGAAGUUGUCCAACGUCACGGGCCUGCCGGCGCAGGAGCCGAUGUAUCCUUUCAUCGACCUUCUGGGCAACACGGUUGCCGUGCGCUUGGUGCCGGAUGCCGUUGUGGCAGCGGGCCGGACCGCACGCAUUGCAGAGCCAGGUGCCGAUGAGAAGAGCCCGGCCUACGACUUCUCGGGGCCUCUGACCGCCUUUGCACUGCACCCCAAGCCCUCGGAUGUGGUGUUCUCGGCCGAGAUGCUUGUGGCGCAGCGCCGGAAGAAGAGCCAGCACCAGGCCGUGGUCUUUGGCAACGGCGCUGCACCCCGCUCUGCGCAGGGAGUCUACUUUGAGGUGCGCCUGGAGUCAGCGGCGCCGGGCCUGGCGUUGGGCUUCAGCGCGGAGGCGCCGCGGCAGCUGUGGCCCGGGGGCCAGGAGGUCCCCAAUUCUGUGAGCAUCGGCUACGACGGCGUAGUCUUUGCAGGCGGCGCUAGCUCCGCGGCUGAGUGGCCGGCGCCGGGGCCUGGGGAGCGCCUGGGGCUGCUGGCGGCGAAGGGCUGUCUCCACGUGGCUCAGAAUGGCAACUGGGUGCUGCGGGAUGUGCCAGGACUGCUCCGAGACAGCGACAGCGACAAGAAGAAGAAAAAGAAGAAGGACAAGAAGAAGGACAAGAAGAAGAAGGAAAAGAAGGACAAGAAGAAGAAGGCCAAGAGCAGCAGCAGUAGCAGCAGCAGCGCUGGGGAAGCUGCUGUUGGUCUGCCCGUGGAGCCAAAUGCCGCGGCAGCGGCGCCGGAGCUGAAUGUGGUGAACAUGGAUGCGCUGCCAGCCCUCGAGGAAGGAAUUCUGCGGUUCGAGUUCAGCUCACAGGAGCAAGGCCCCUUGGGCCUGCGCUUUUCCGGGGGCUCGCCGCCCAUGAUCCUUCACGUGGCUCCGGGGUCCUUCGCGGACAAGAAGAGCAUCCCCACGAACCACGAGGUGCAUGCUAUCAACGGGCUCGCCCUGCUGCCGCAGAACCAGCAGCGGGUGAUGCAGUCCCUGAAGGGCAGGCCGGUGGUGUUGGACGUGCGGCCUUUGGGCUGGAAGCCCCCGGAGAAGCUGAAGGAGCUGAAGCGGAAGCACGCCCAGGAGGAGGUGGAGAGGCAGGCCAAGAUGGCAGUGGAGAAGAAGAGGAGGGAGCAGGAGGCCAAGAAGGCCGCGGAGGAGGCGGAGCGCCAGGCCGCGGAGAGGGCCGUGCGGGAGGAGAAGGAGCGCCAGGAGCGGGAAGAGAUGCUGGCCAGGGCGCGGGAGGUGCACAAGGAGCAGAGAGAGAAGGAGGAGGAGUUCCGGAAGGCGCUGAACAGCGACCCUGUGGAGCUGCGAAAGGCGGCGGACGACCUCAUGGAGGCGGAGUACGGGUCCGGGGUGAAGGAGGGCGUGCGCCUGCCGCUGCGGCUGCUGACCCGGCGAAAGGAGGUGGCCUGGAUCUGGGCCGGCGAGGUGAUGGAGCUCAUCGGCGGUGGGGCCCCCGACGACACCUUCACCCAGUGA